GCUCGCCUGUCCUCGUGGAUUACUAUCCAGAAAGGACGAGCCGUGUGGACGUUCUGUGCCAGAAGCUAUCAUGAAGGUUAUUCGCUGGCUGGAGGCAGUGGCGGAGCUUCCUGAAGCCGACUGCUACCGGCGCCUGGCCUGGGCUGCGAAAGAUAAGACAGUGGCCCUUUCAGAGAGCGCCCCGCUAACUAAAAGAAGUCCUCGCUACCCUGCGCUGCUUUUGGUUAAGAUGGAAAGGUUCGUGCUAGACAAGGGCGAGGCUACAGUCCUGAGAGUCUUCGCUUGGAUAAAGCUAUUGAAGAUAUGGGCCUGCCUCCGUUGGUCGGAUCUGCAGGCGAUUAAGCCAGCAGACUUGCGGCUAACGGAGGGCCGGCUAGCUACGACACUGCGAAAGACAAAGACCUCGGGCCCAACCAAAAGGGUCAAGGAAUUGCCGGUAUGUGUUAGCGAGGUUACGUUCUACGAGGACCCCCUCUGGCUAGAGACUGGCUUCAACUUGCUAAAGCAGCUGGCUAACUGCAAGCGGGACUAUCUGCUUCCGAGGCUAUGGCACUGCGAUGGUGGCCACAGGGGCCCUGCUAGCGAGGUUACAGAUCCCUGGCGCGGCGCAAGGCUUCUGGACGGAGCAUUCCGAGAGAAGCGUCCUGCCGACCGCCCUCGCUCUCAUAGGUCCUAUGGAGGCCGGAUCCUGGCCGAUUGGCUCAUGGACAGACGCUGCAUCGCCGCAGACCUAGAGCCGGGCAAGUGGGGCAGUUGUGGCGCAGACCGCUGUGGACACGAUCGCUCCGUUGCCAGGAUCUCUGGCGGCCAGCUCUUGCCCAUCUUGAACUAG